CCCAAGCCAACAGGUCCAUUACAGUGGAGGAGAGAGAGGGGGAAAGUGUGUGUGUGUGAGAGAGAGAGAGGGGCGGGGCUUUGGCUGCAGGCGUACUGCGGCAGCAACACGAGUGGCGUGACGUGAGAGAGGAGACACAAACACACACAAACGCACAUGCUCCCAGUGCACCGGGACAGCCAAAAGUAGACCGGGUCUGAGCCAGAAUACACACUGCGCAGAAUACAGAUGGGGAACUAACUGACUUCUGCUUUAUAUCUUUUCCCCUGCUUUUUUAAGGUAGUGCCCACCAAUCAGAGUGCAGCUAUGAGGAUGCAACAGUGAUCCAGGAAAAAACACACCAUUGUUAGAGGGACGUUAGAGAAGUGGGACCUACCUCCUGCCAGCUCUGCGUAUCCCGCCAAGACACGUCCCAAGGAGCACUGCGUCCAUUGAGAGAUCAACGAUGAGUGGAGGAGUCAACGUGAAGUCUGCUCCCCGGGCUUCAUCCUCAGGGAUCCCUCUUCCUCACAGCCUUCUGCCCUCCUCUCCCAAAGCAGACCCCCGUCAGCGCACCUCUAACCAGCACAGGACAUCCUCACAAAGUCCUAAAGUCACCCCCUCUCACACUCCACUCCACUCACCCUCACCAUGCCAGCGCAGCUCAGGCAUCCCUGCUUUCUUUGCCAGGGACCACAACCUAAAAAGCCAGCUCUUUCAGCGGACCGGGGCUCUUCCAGUUCCACAAGCAUCUCGGUCGGCCUACAGCAGUCCCAUCACCCAGCGCAGGAUAACCCCACCGCACUCUAAAGACACUCUAGACCUGGGGAGACCAUCCUACACUCAGACUGAACAAAAUGGGAACAGGAACACCUACAUUAAUAAAAACCAAACUUUGGGCACCUCUAACCAACCCUCGCAGCUACACUUUAGACGUGGGCUGAACUCUAACAUAUUGUCUAGUGAAGGCGCGUCCACAAGGGACAGAGAGAGUAACCUCCGAACUGAUCAAAGUCAAAUAAAGCCCUGUUAUGAUUCUGCCUUAAAAGACCGCACCGAUUCUUUGAGCCAAUCAGACGAGGAGAUGAGGACUCCUGAGGAUGGUAGUCCCACCUCUUCUCCUGCUCCCCUGCCACCGCCACAAAUGGAUUUCAACAUGAAGUCUUUGCCAUCUAUAUCAGUCAAUCAGCAGGACCAAUACCAGCAAAAAGAGGAGAUAUUCAUAGACACCAAAGUCAACAUGGCCACUGUAGCUCCGUUUAGUUUCAGAGUACAGAUUCAAGAAAGUGACCUCUCGAUGAUCGACGAGCUGAGUGACUGCUCUUCUGGAUCUAUUGAAAUCUGUUGUGAUGACAUAACUCCAGGAGGGAUGCUGGAGGCUAAUGUGGCUAACAUUAGCAUGACGGCUAAGCCUAGAGAUCUGGACCUCAGGUCUCCUGCUGUCCCCAGCACAGACUAUUCAUCGCAGGCCAUGGCCUCCAGGAAAACUAUGGCCAAGCCUUCUGCUCUGCCACAGGGACAAUCACGGACCAGUGGGUCAGAGCUCAAGGUCUACAGACCCACCUCUGGAUCUAUACCCAUUCCAGUCCCAAAUUCAUCGGGACUAAGGAAACAACGCUCUCUAAAUAACUUGUGUGUAUUAACUGAUGCUGAAAAGAAAUUGCACUUGUACCAGUCUCCUCGCUGGAAUGAUGACUCGACCCGGGCUGGACCUGGGGCUAAAGGAGCAGAGUCUAAAGCAGGACAGUCAGCAGGGAGGCCGCCCCUGUCCCGAACACUCUCAAAGUCGGAACAGUCUCUGUUUCAGGGUAAACCCAAACCGUUUGUAUCUCCAGCUGUUACGUCUAAUAUUGGGAAGCCCAGCAGGAUCCCUGGACCUGGUAAACCACGAGGGCCUUAUGCGGAGGUCAAACCAAUCAGUAAGUCCUCAGACCAUAGUCCCAUUGCAGACACAGACUCUGACCUGCCCACCAAACCAAACAGUAACGGAGCUGGAGGCUCCGUGAAGGGCCAAAAACCAGGAGACAAGACCAGAAGUGCUUCUUUGUCAGUGGAGGAUAAGAAAGACAAAAAAGGGGUUGAAGGAGAAGGGGAUAAGGGCUUUUUAAAGGUGGACCCAGAGCUAGUUGUGACAGUUCUGGGAGAUCUGGAGCAGCUACUCUUCAGCCAAAUGCUAGCUGUCUACAGAACACAUUUUGAGCUCCGACCACAAAACCUUUUCAGAGAACUUACCAGCACUGCAGGAAAUAACAACGGCACCAGGGCUUUGUACUCACACGCAAACAUUCACUCACAUCCUCUUCUCUGGCAAUCUCACUAUCCAUUUAAAAGAUACGCUCCUCCUGUUAUGAUGAGUGGACAGGCAGGUGCGGUCAAAAGGCCUUAUACUUGCUGAGCGAAGGAUUUACAGCCGCCGUCCUUUUGUCCAGAGCCGG